GAAAAGAAUUUGUGGCUUGCUUAUUGUCCCCGUGGCAAACAAUGAAGGAUGAGUCGCUAACAGUCGACCCUGCAGGAAAGGUGUAUCUUUUCUCAGUCGGUUCUCCAUAAUUGGCGGCAAGAAGAAAGAUCAGUCUGGAGAUGCUGAUGACGAUGAAUCCGAGCUGGGCGAUCACCGCACGGAAGGCAUGAACGCACAUGUCUUCUCUUCCUCGAUUGGAGCGAAUGGGUACAUACCGCAGCACAAAGAACCGCCCAGGUACAUCAAAGUUCGAGCGCACAAUAAGAAGGUUCGGGAGUUCAAUCGCAUGUUCUUAGCCCAAGAGUUGAGUGGCACGAAACAUACAUCGAGCGACGAGAAAGUGCCCGGGUUGACUACUUCUGAGGUUGACUCAACUUCUCACAAGCUAUCGAAGUCGCCAAAGACGAACGGUGCAGUUUGGGCGACAGAAUUUAGCAAAGAUGGCAAAUAUCUUGCGGCAGCUGGCCGUGAUCAAGUUGUGAGGGUAUGGGCGGUCAUCUCAACUCCAGAAGAAAGACUGGCGCAUGAGCAUGAGGAAGAUGUCUCGUCAAGCACUUCGGGCGGCGAGCGACUAAGUGCGCCUGUAUUCAGAUCAAAACCAAUACGAGAAUUCGAUGGUCAUACUGGUGACAUCUUGGACCUUAGUUGGAGCAAGAACAACUUCCUGUUGUCAUCGUCAAUGGAUAAAACGGUUCGGUUGUGGCAUAUAUCAAGACAAGAAUGCUUGUGCACUUUUAAGCAUAAAGAUUUUGUCACAUCCAUUGCCUUCCAUCCACGAGACGAUCGAUUCUUCCUCGCCGGUUCCCUCGACUCAAUUCUUCGAUUAUGGAGUAUACCAGACAAGUCAGUAGCAUUCUGGAACCAGUUACCGGAUCUCAUCACAGCCGUUGCUUUCUCUCCCGAUGGCAAGAUUGCUAUGGCAGGAGUACUUAGUGGUCUUUGUCUAUUCUAUGAGACAGAAGGUUUGAAAUACAAUACUCAAAUCCAUGUGCGCUCAUCACGUGGCAAGAAUGCCAAAGGAAGCAAGAUCACUGGCAUAAGGACUACUACCUUUCCACCGGAUGAUCCGGAAGGCGAGGUCAAGGUUCUGAUCACGAGCAAUGACUCUCGUGUCAGGUUGUAUAACCUGAAAGACAAGUCAUUAGAGAUGAAAUUCAGAGGACAUGAGAAUACAUGCAGUCAGAUCAAUGCUAGUUUUAGCGACGAUGCUCGCUACAUAAUAUGUGGUUCGGAGGACAGAAAAGCAUAUAUCUGGAAUACAGGUCCUAUCGAGUCCGAGAACAAAGACAAACGUCCCAUGGAAUUGUUUGAAGCACAUGCCGAUAUGGUCACAGCCGCAGUCAUUGCUCCUACCAAAACUCGGCAGCUUCUAAAUGAUUCUGGAGAUCCAAUAUAUGAUCUUUGCAAUCCUCCACCAGUCACUCUGCUGAGUCGAGAAGAGUCGCGAGGGGAGUCUGCUGCUUCGUCUGUUGUUCGUGCUGGCUCCGAGAAACGGCAUUCGGACCCCGCGAGCGUGUCUACCAAGACACCGGCAUACUUGGCCAGAAGUGAGCAUAAUGAUGGUCUUAUAAUUGUCACAGCAGACUAUCUUGGCGUAAUCAAGGUCUAUCGGUGUGACUGCGCACACAAACGAAGAGUCGAUCUCUGGGAAAGCAAUUCUUUCUCAAAAAAGAAGAUUUUAGCCAGAUCUGGCUCGAUAAUGACGAAGAACUCAGGAGGCUCGCAUUCCAGGAGAGGAUCAAUCUCACAAGCUUCAUUUACUGGACCUCAGAUACAGUCAGAUCAUAUUCUCUCAUGGCGGAAUGGCAUCACGGACGAUGGAAGUGUACGGAGAGGCUCUGAUAGAAGCGUCUCACCUGGCAAAUUCCAUCGCAACUCACAAUCACAAUCGAUUUCUAAUUCUCAAAAUAAUCUCGCUAGUCAGGCUCGUCAGCAGCAAUAUGCUGGAACACCUACGAUGACACAGCAGACGCCAAGUGUCUCCACGACUAGUCCUCCUCCAAGUAUCCAUAAAACUACAACCAGGAACUCAAAUGCCACCGCCAGCCAGCCACCGACUCCGAGCUUCACCUACGCCGCCGCUGACGAAAGCCCUCUGAAGCUCGAUGCUGCGGGAAAGUCAAACCAAUUCUGGAAUCUCACCGCCUGGAAACAACAACUUGGCACAGCACGAGAUCCGAGCAAACUCGAUUCCAGCAGCCUAAUGCCACCCAUCGAACGCGGGAGCAGCGUGAUCAGCAAACUGAGCUCCGAGGACGGCACAUCGGCCGAAGACGAAGACGAAAGUGAGAGCGAGGCAUUAACCUGUCGGAAGUGCGGCGGCAAGGAUUUCAGGGCGAGGAAAUCGCCGGGGAGAGGUCUCCUUAUGGUUUGUACGAGGUGCGGAUCAACUGUAGAAUAGGGUGGGAGAUGAUCGGUCAUGACUAUGAUAAUGUAUAUUAUGAAGGGAAGAACGGCAUUCGUGGAUUUAGCGUUGGAUGGCGCGCUUCAAACAUUUAGUGGGAUGUGAGAUAGCUUGUAUGAAGUGAAGACCCUAAAGGUCUUUCAGGAUCAGCGUCGG